AUGGGCGAGCUGGAGGAACUGUACGAGCAGUUACAGCAGCUGAGGAGCCAUCUCCCUGGAUUGAUGCAAUUGCUUGCCACAUUCGAGGACGAUAAGACGAACCGGCAAGUGUUUUACGAGGUGGCCCGCAGCGUGGAGAGAUGGCGGUCGGCAGCUAUUUCGUUCAAUCAGAGGUACGCAGAUCUAAAGAAGCGGGGCGUUCUCCAGGACAACGUGCAGCCAGCACAAUUAUCUCCUGAGCUAAACAACGAUUUCGACUAUGGGUUUUCUAACGACUUCGGAGUCGACGGGUUGGGCGUGGACUACAACCUCGGCAGCGAUAUGCUCGAUGAAGGAAUCGGCGGCGACCCUCUUGUUGACGAGUUCCUUGAUAUUUAA